GGAGAUGGGGAUUCGCUCGAAGUCCACGAGCGACUGUCCCCAGAUUCAUCUCUUGCGACGACACUUUCUGCUCAGAGACGAGGGAGGGCGGGGAGGCAAGAGUGGCCUCGUUGACCUCUUCUUCCACACACCCACAUCCCGUCUCACACUCCCUCUCUCGAUCGCUCUGUACUGGUAGACGCUGAAACACAAACGAGAAUCUCUGCGGCGAAGCAUGACACCGUCGAUUGCCCUCUCGAUUUGCCGAGAGGUUUGUCAGCAAGGAUUCAGACCCUGAUCUAUGUGACUGGCGCUUCUAGCAGCAGGGAUAAUAUCGUAGCGCUGCAUUUCAUGAUCUGAUUGGAGCUGAUCGGAAGGAAUGGUGACCAUAACAGAGAUCGAGAGCGAAGAUGAAUUUGAGAAGGAGCCUUUGGUGGCAGAGGCGUCUGAACCUCCGACCUCUGCCUCCGAGUCGGUCGACCCUCCUUCUGAUCAGGACGCAACAGGAUUUCAAAAAUACCAAGAAAUGUGGGAUCCCUUGACCUGGGGUGCCAUGAUUUUGGCUGUACUGAUGGCAAUGGUGAUUGUCAGGCUUUCCACCCCCACCGUCAUGAAACCUAAGCUUUGGAACUCGGAAGAGUUGGCUAAAUACAAUGGGUCCGACCCGAAGCUCCCCAUCCUUCUCGGAAUCAUGGGAAGUGUUUUUGAUGUGUCCAAAGGCAGGAACCACUAUGGACCGGAAGGGAGUUAUUCACAUUUCUCCGGAAGAGAUGCAAGUCGGGCAUUCGUUUCUGGCAAUUUCACUGGUGAUGGCUUAAGUGACUCGUUAGAAGGUCUGUCUGCUCUCCAGGUUAAGAGCAUUAUGGAUUGGCAUAAAUUUUUCGAGAAUAGCACGAAGUAUACAUACGUUGGAAAACUAGUUGGGAGAUUCUAUGACGAAUCUGGUCUGCCUACGAAGGAGUUUGUCAGAGCAACUCGACUGGCUUCACGUGGCGAGCGACUCGUCAAGGAGCAGAAAGAAGAUGAAAGUCGUUUUCCGUCGUGCAAUUCGCGUUGGAAUCCUCAACAAGGUGGUGAGGUUUGGUGCACAACUGGGUAUCCACGUAUUGCUGAGAGGAUCUCGGAUGGUCUUUACAAAGGUGCAGUGGAGACUCGCUGCGCUUGCUUUGAGGAGGAUGUCAUGAACAAGAGGAAAGGACUUCGGGAGUACGAUGGUUGUCCCCCUCUCUCACAGAGGUGUCAAAGUGCACCUCCACAAGCCUAGGAGCUAAGUCCCGGAGUGACCCUGAGGAGAUUCAUAUUUGAUAGCAGGGACAGUAGUAUUCCACCUCUUCACGAAGAGAUCUGUAUAUAAGUUGUUACCACCUACGAGAUGCAGGUUACUUUCAUGCCGACCUUCCACAUGACCCAUAGAAUCACUCCCAUUUGCUUCAGGAACUUGCUGGGAGAAUUACCGAAUGGAGCAAAUCGUCGUCGAAUCUCAAACUGCCUCCCAGCAGGUAGGAAUAUCCAAGUUCCUUACCUUUCCUGGACAAGAAGUGUACCCUUAUCCCAAAACAUAAAUUGUCGUCUAAGUUCUUUACUCACAGGAAGUAAAGUAGCGUAGAACUUGUUUUCUCCCGAAAGCUUGUUGUCUCCAUUGGAGUCAGCUAUGUACUCUUAGACAAGCGAAACUUCUACAAUCUAUCUAUGAUUGCCCUGGCUUUGCUUGAACCUUUGUGCAACUUAUCCGAUGGUUUUGAAAGUAAUCAGCUCAAGAAAUGGGAGGCUACAUGAACUAGUAGGCACUUAAUUCUGGCCUUCU